CCCUGACCGGCAUGCGAUACAGAAAUGUACAGCAUCUACUAGCACGACGAUCCUCAACCUGUCCAUGGAGUCGUCCGUGCCAUUAUCUUCACAAUCCGCGACUACUACGGGAAAGUUAUCGACAAGGAUGUUCACUCCAUUCACUGCCUCUGAAAUAGACAGAUACAACAGAGGAGAAUUUAUACCUCCGGACAAGGAAUUCCCAUGGAUUGACGCUGCACAAAGAUCGUUUGAGCAUCCAUCAGAUCUUAGUUCCACAGGUUGGAAGGUGUGCACGCACCCAGAAGGUGCUCCCUACUUCUGUGACAUUCAACGUGUAGGCAACCGAUUCAUAUCAUCCACCUUCGAAUAUACACCGACACCCGACGUGCGCAAUCCCAAAAAAUUGGGAACCGUCGAAAAAUGCAUUUCCCGCCUCUCUGAGCUCGCUGCAUUUCACUCUAUCACUUUCCCCUCCCCACCUUCAUCUCCGUCGCUCGAACUCGUCCUUGAACUUGCAAAUGGAAAGAGUCGAAAAGAAUGUCGAUAUUAUUUUGUCGAUACCGAGAAGAGACUCCUCUUUUGGGUUCAUGGUUGGGUGCCAGAAAAGAUGUAUGCGAACUUGAGGGGUGUCAAGAAACAAAGCCAUAUCAAAAUGGCGCUCGAGAUGCAGUAUUGGACGCAUUGUGAACUGUACCCGCGCGAGCGAACGUUUGAUGCCGCCGUCUAUCGAGAGUUGUAUGGCUUGGUCAUUCAUGCUAACGCUGAAUCAAUCACUUCCGAUACGUCUCUUGCGCCGUUCGAAAGCGCAGAACUGUCCAAGAUGAUGGACAUCGUGCGCAUUCUUCAAGAUUCAGUUGGACAAGUCAACGAUCCUGUCAUGUGUGUAGUAGCUCGAUUCAUGUGUAUAUUCUCUCGAAUCCACUUUUUGAACUUCCACGGCCAACCCUGUGCCCGCUUAGACGUCGACCACUCUAUUUACUACCCACGCAACCAUAGACUACGCACGUCCUUCCUCUUGCACUUGCUCUCCUUUCUCCUGUUUGGCGCGCCCUGGAGGUACGUCGAAACCCUGAGAGGCGUGUGGGUAGAUGAGACAGUGAACCUACCGAGAUGGAAAGCAUUCGUGGCCCGUGUUAUUGAUGAAUGGGGAGGAUUUACGAUUUACUCCACUGUGAUGUUAGCGGUCGAUAUAUCUCUCCUUGGCAUCGCCGAUUCCGAUUCGAAGACGUACCAGUCAGUAACUGUGAUCGCGAUAUACGUGUCGGUGAUUUGUACUGUUGGGUCGAUCGUGGCGUCCGUGGUAUUGACGGGUAUGUGGAGAGAUAAAGCGGAGAAUGCGGAAGAGGUGGUGAGUUUUUCAGUUCGUCCUGUUAUCAUUUUGGCUGGGCCUUUGGUCGAUUGGAUGCUGUUCCUCGAACCCUUUUUUUUGGCUCUCUUUGGCAUGACGUCCUUCCUCGUUGCAUUCCUCUACCUCAUCUAUAGUUCGACCUACCUUCCUACACUCGCAACGACGACGCCUGGAAUCAUCCUUGUCGCUGUGCUAGUAGCAUGGCCAGUAUGGGUGGCAGUGGAGAGGGGUCUGGGUGGGUGGAUAAUGAGGGCCGUUGAUAUUUGGAGGCAACAAGUCGUGAGAACGGGGUGGCACAUAAAGGGGUGGGGUGAGCAGGGCGUACGAAGUUGGAGGGAAAGGGAGGGGAGUGCCAUUGUGGAGAUAAGGAGAGGCAAUGUAGGGAUGGCAGAGCCAGGGAUUUUGGAUACAGGGAGGAGGCAGGGCUCCGCGUCAGUAUCUUCCGGAAGGGAGGGCAGAAUGACGGUCUCGUUCGUGGAGACCGGGGAGGAUGUGAAGGCUCGUGUAGGGAUGGGCGCUGCAUUUGGGACUGGGGAUGGAGUUCAGGACCUGCAGGCAUCGGAAGAUGUUUGUAAGCCUCAACUACUGGAGAUGGGAAGAAUGGUAUGAGGAUGCCUCAAUGAUCUUGAUAUCUUCACUUUCAUUAGGAUUGCUGUAGACAAAACCUACAAGUGUCUAUGUGCUGUACAUAGUGGAAGUAGUGGAAGUGAUGUGACCAGUUGUUGCAAUGAUGUCAUGCCAAUGGUCCCAUUACAUUCCUACAAGGAGCAUUGGCUUCGUGGUCCUUGUGAUGAUAUGAAUCUUGAUGGGCCAGUGUUGAGAUGUAGCAUGUUCUUUCUUGGUAGUAGAUGUAUGUGCCAUUGUCUGCAUUCCCUCGUCAAAGCAUACACCUUCCCCUCCUCACUUUCAUCUACUUCUACUUAUAUGAUUGGAC